AUAAUCAUUGUGAAAUUCUGCAUAAUAAACAAUGGAAACUCAAAAUGAUCUGCCCGAGACACCACUGCGUUCCUUCAAAUUGUCACAUCAAGUUUUGAGUCUAACCGAAAUUAGUUUGGAACAUCGCAGAAUUCAGGGCAUGGUGGAGCUGACAAUAGUGCCAAAUAAUGACUGCUUGCGUAUAAUUCGCCUCAAUGCGAAACAAUUGAAUAUUGAGCGAGUUUUCCUCAACGAUGUUUGCCAAGCGGAAUUCAUCUAUUUUGAUUCCUUUCACAAUGUGUGCGAGAUGGAAAAUCGCUCGUUGGAAACCUAUGCGAAGAAACAUUUAAUGGCCGCCAAGAUAACCGAUCCCGAUCUCAAUAAUGGUGAACUGUUCAUUAAAGUGCCGCCAGCUGGUUAUGCAAUGAUUCAAGCAGGUCUCACUUUGCGCAUACGCAUCCAAUUCAAUUUUUCUAAUCCAAAGAGUGGCAUGCACUUCGUUUUGAGACCACCAUCAGCCUCAUCCUCAUCAGCCUGGAAAUGGGCACACAUGUACACCAAUUGCUAUGAGAACUCAUCGCGUUUGUGGUUCCCCUGCGUCGAUAGCUACGCAGCUCCGUGCACCUGGCAACUGGAAUUCACCGUGGACAAACAUUUUACGGCUGUCUCGUGUGGGGAACUUGUCCAAGUCAUCAGCUCAUCCGAUUUGAGCAAGAAGACCUUUUACUAUAAACUCCGAACGCCGGUGAGUGCACCAAAUAUUGCACUCGCCGUGGGUCCCUUUGAGAUCUAUGCAGAUCCGCAGAUAACGCACGAAGUGACCCAUUUUUGUUUGCCGGGCAUGUUGCCCUGGUUAAAGCAUACGGUUCAAUAUCUGCAUGGUGCCUUUGAGUUUUUUGAGGAGACGCUUGCGACCCGUUAUCCUUUCGCCAGCUAUAAGCAGGUCUUUGUCGACGAACUGGACAGGAAGAUUAGCGCUUAUGCUUCCAUGACUAUAGCCUCGGUUAAUCUGUUGCACUCGAAGGAGAUCAUUGAUCAGACUUAUAGCUCACGCACCAAGAUGGCUCGUGCUGUGGCAGAGCAGUUUUAUGGCUGUUUCAUCUGCCCACAUCGCUGGUCGGAUACGUGGCUGGCCAAGGGCGUAGCCACUUAUCUAUGUGGCCUCCAUUCGCGGCAAUGUUUUGGCAAUAAUCCGUAUCGGGAAUGGGUACAGUUAGAGUUGUCCCAAGUCGUUAAAUAUGAAGAACGCUAUGGCGGCGUUAUACUCGAUUGUAGUCAGCCUGUGGCGGCAGCAGCGGUUCCCAAGUUUAGCCAUGAUCAUCAUCAACAUCAUUUUCCCAAAGAGAGUUCGCACACGGUCUCCCCCAAAUAUGUGAAGGCACUGCGCCGUAAAUCCCAUUUGGUCAUAAGGAUGCUGGAGCAUCGCAUUGGUCAACAGAUGCUAUUUCGGGUGUUUAACAAACAAUUGGCGCUGGCUACAAAUGCGGCGGGCACGAAAAUUGAGGCUGGUUUGUGGUCCCAGUUGCUCAUCUCGACGAACAGUUUCAUCAAGUCCAUUUUUACGGUCACCGGCAGCGAUAUGUCCCUGUGUAUGGAUCAGUGGGUGCGCACUGGGGGACAUGUCAAGUUCUCGGUCAUUUCCGUUUUCAAUUGCAAGCGGAAUACCAUCGAGCUGGAUAUUCGUCAGGAUUACAUUGGGAAACGGGGCGUUAGGCAGUAUAAUGGUCCAUUGAUGGUGCAGCUGCAGGAGUUGGAUGGCACUUUUAAGCAUACGUUGCAGAUUGAGGAUACGCUGACCAGGUCGGUCAUCUCGUGCCACUCAAAAAGCAGGCGUAACAAGAAGAAAAAGAUUCCACUGUGGACGGGAGAGGAGAUCGACAUGGAUCUAUCGGCCAUGGAUGACUCACCUGUGCUAUGGGUACGCAUCGAUCCGGAGAUGAUUCUGUUGCGAGACCUGAUUGUUGAGCAGCCGGACUUCCAGUGGCAAUAUCAAUUGCGCCACGAGCGCGAUGUCACCGCCCAAUUUCAGGCAAUCCGAGCGCUGGAAAGGUAUGCGACGAGUGCAACACGAUCCGCACUGGAGGACACCAUUGAGAAUGAGUGUUGUUUCUAUCGGGUGCGCUGCGAGGCGGCCCAUUGCCUCACCAAGGUGGCCAAUCAAAUGGUGGACUCGUGGAGCGGACCACCACCCAUGCUGGACAUCUUUAUCAAGAUGUUUGGUUCACUACAGGCGCCGCACAUUGUACGGCUCAAUGAUUUUUCCAACUUUCAAUUGUAUUACCUGCAAAAGGCGAUACCCGUGGCGAUGGCUGGACUGCGAACCCUCCAUGGCAUUUGUCCGCCGGAUGUGGUCCGUUUCCUACUUGAUCUGAUCAAAUACAAUGAGAACUCGCAGAAUCCGUACUCGGAUUCGUAUUAUAGGGCGGCAUUAGUCACAGCUCUGGGCGACACCCUCUCGCCGGGUUAUCAAUCGCUGACCACGGACAGCAGCAGCUCCAUCUCCACAGAUCCCAAACUAGUGCUGUCCGCCGUAACCCGUUUCCUGCGUGGUGAACAUCAUCUACCCUCCUAUAAGUACAUGGUUUUGGUGGCCUGCUUGAAGGUCAUCAGGCGUCUACAGAAAUUGGGACAUCUUCCCUCGCUGCCGCACAUAUUUCGCAGUUAUUCGCAGUAUAGAAGCUAUUUGGAUUUGCGUCUGUCGGCCAUGGAAUGUCUGGUGGACUUGGUGCAGGUCCAUGAGAGUGGCGAGGAUUUGGAGCAUUUGAUGCAUCUGCUCGAAACCGAUCCAGAUCCGGCGGCACGUUAUGGUCUCGUCCAGUUGCUCAUUGAUAAUCCACCUUUCACAAGAGAUUCUUCCAAUCGGUUGGAUCAAGCCGAGCUCAGUGAACGCAUCUGGAGGAACAUGAAUAGCCUGUCCAGGAACACGAAACUCCGUUGCUACAUGGUGGAUCUCUAUUAUGAACUGUAUGUCAAUGAGCGUCCAAAUUUUUGGUUCCCGAAUAUGAAUCACAUUAUGGAAGACAGCAGUAAUUCGAAUAGCGAAAAUGAAUUUGUGGAGAAUGGAACCAAGAUAUGCGGGAAUCCCCGCACUUCCAUAUUUGAAGUGAGCGACAAUCAAUUAAUGAAAAUGGAGGAGGAAAAUCAGCAAGAGGAGUUCCAGAAAACGAUUAAAUUCGCUGAGAUUGAUUCAAUGAAGUGGGUUCCCAGUGAUAAUCAGGCCAUGGAUCUGCAAGAGAAGGAGAAGAUCGCAGAGACUGAAGAGCAAGGAUACGAUUAUGAGACCGAAGUGGAUGAGAAUUCUUUCCCAAUUUCUGAUAAUUAUCACAAAUAUGAUGAGACCUAUGAGGUAGCCAAGAAAAAGGACUGGACAAAGCAUAAGCAUCAAAUUGACAGUUACAAUCAUAAGAAUCACAAGUACAAGGAGGACAAGGAGAGACAACAAAGCUAUCCACCAUUUUUACGUCUGUAGGCAGUCGAGAGCAGAGACGCAACAGCAUCAAAGUCACAAGAGGAAUAAGGACGAAGAUCACAAUUGCAAGGCUCGAGUGGUUACCAAUUCUUACCUAUGUAAUCAAAGAAGACAGUAGAUUAUCUUGCCUAGAUUUUGAAGUCUUAUCGGUAGUCUCCUUAUUUCAAAUCUAAAUGCAUAAAGUUCUGAAAGAAAAAUCAGAUUAAAUUAUUUUAAUCGUCAAAAAAAGGUGAAUUCAUAAAAGCUGUAGA